AUGGGGAAAGCUUUUUUUGCUUUAGGUGACCACGAUCAAGCUGUUCAGUGCUUUACCGAUGCGCUAUCUCUUCGUGGCGGAAAGUCAAUCUCAGCGCUGUACUCACGUGGAGUAGCGAAUAUGGCCCGUCGUGAUCUCACAGCCGCGCAACAAGAUCUCUGGAAUGCUAAUCAAUAUUGCAUAAUGCAGCAGAACAAUAGCACUAGCGGUGGCACGAGCAAAACAAACGCCACAGAUGCUGAGCAGAGCCGUGCUUUCCACAAAAAAAUUGUGGCUGCUUACAAGAAGCUUCAGCAAAUGCACGCAAACAAGAAGCGUCUGGAUAAGAAGGUGAUCAAACAAAUGGUGAAAUACUUGUCGACCAUCCCUGGCCUACAAAACGAGUAA